AUGCAAAGUUGUAUCAAUCGAGAAAACUUGCCAAAUAAGCUCUGUGCCGUUGAAGGAUUAGAUUUUUUGGAGUGCGUAAACCGUAGGAAAUAGUAUGCUCUAAAUUAUAAAAUUCAAUAGGAAUUGCAUAAGAAUAGUAUCUUAAUAUUACCAACAUAUGAUGUUGAAAAUGAUAAAUUUAUAUCAAAAUAUUAAAAUGUCACAGAAGUAUUUUAAAAAGCCCAUUGA